AUGUGGGCGAUGGCACUGAUUGACCUCUGUCUGCUGGUGGUGGCGUUGUGGGUUGGGGUCAGGGAAGGGGCCAGUAGGUGAGCAGAUGAAGCAUUCCCAGGUGCCUCUGAUCCCUCACCGGCCCUUCAUAGUGGUGUGGAACGCCCCCCGGCCCUUCAUAGUGGUGUGGAACGCCCCCUGGCCCCCCUUCAUAGUGGUGUGGAACGCCCCCUGGCCCCCCUUCAUAGUGGUGUGGAACGCCCCCUGGCCCCCCUUCAUAGUGUGUGGAACGCCCCCUGGCCCCCCUUCAUAGUGGUGUGAAACGCCCCCUGGCCCCCCUUCAUAGUGGUGUGGAACACCCCCCGGCCAUUCAUCGUGGUGUGGAACGCCUCCACAGAGUCCUGCCACCUUCACUUCAAGGUGAACCUAAACCUCAGUGUCAUCGACAUCGUGACCAACCUCAACGAGACCCUUAGCGGACCUAAUGUCACCAUCUACCACAGCCACCUGGGCUAUUACCCUUACUACGCCAGCUCUGGGAACCCCAUCAACGGGGGCCUGCCACAGAACCAGAGCCUGUCCAAGCACCUGAGCAAGACCAGGGCUGACAGUGACAAGCUCAUCAUCCACAAGGACUUCCGAGGCCUGGGUGUCAUUGACUGGGAGAACUGGAGGCCCCAGUGGGUGCGCAACUGGGGCUCCAAGGGCAUCUUCUGCAAUAAGUCCAAGGAGCAGAUCCGUAAGCUCCAUCUAGGCUGGCCUGAGAUCAAGGUGGAGGAGGAGUUAGGUUUGGAGGCAUUUGAGAGGGCUGGACAGGCCUUCAUGAACAAUACUCUACUGUUAGCCGAAAGUCAACAACCUGACGGCAUCUGGGGCUUCAACCUGUUCUCCGGCUGCAAAAGCUAA